AUGCCCGCCAGAGAACGCAGCUUCAUCAUGAUCAAACCGGACGGUGUCCAGCGCAACCUGAUUGGCAAGAUCGUCGGUAGAUUCGAGGAGAGGGGUUUCAAGAUUAUCGCCAUGAAAAUGGUUCACGCAACCACGGAGCACCUGGAGAAGCACUAUGCCGAUCUCAAGAACAAGCCCUUCUUCCCGGGACUUAUCAAGUACAUGGCCUCUGGACCCGUCCUCGCAUUCGUUAUCGAGGGUCUCGACGCUGUCAAGACCGGUCGUGCCAUGCUCGGUGCAACCAACCCCCUGGCAUCUCUUCCUGGUACCAUCCGUGGUGACUACUGCCUUGUGACUGGCCGCAACAUCUGCCACGGUUCCGACGCCGUUGAGUCUGCCGAAAAGGAAAUCGCACUCUGGUUCCCAGAGGGCGUCAUUGAAUAUAAAGACUGCGAGGCCGAGUGGGUCUACGAGGACUAG